CAGCCCUUUUAGAAGUAAAGAUACUCUUUUUAAGGAUAACCUAUUUAAGUUUGUGAUUAUACUUUCUUCCUGUCAAACUACGCGUAAUUAUUUAUUAAUCGUAUGCAUAAAUCACCGCAGCGUAUUUCUUGUUAUAUAGUGUCUCAGUUGACAUUGUUUGAACUAAGUAGACAAAAGUAUUCACACAACUGCCUGUCAAGUUGACCUAAAUAUACGUUAACAAACACCAUGGUUUUGUCUGUUCGCGUAUAGAAUUUUAAUACGGGUUAUCACUACGUGUCUGACCUCUGAAAUCGUAGAACCCCGAAGGCUUUUAUGUAACUGAAUACGACUCAAUCAUGUCACUUGCCCAGGCAGAAGUCGACAGCAUGGACUUAGCACAACAACUCGCGAAAUACAAAGAGGAAAAUUUACGAUUGAGCGAAGAGAAGAACAAUAUUAUGAGGGAAUUCAAUACGAGAAUGAAAGUUCAUCUCGAAGAAGUGCGGCUUUUGAAAGAGGUCAACGAACGUUUACAAAUGGAACUUGAAGAUCUUCGAGAUCUGUGUUGCUAUCUCGAUGACGACCGAGUCAAGUGUCGCAAACUAGCGAAAGAAUGGCAAAAUUUCGGUCGCUUUGUUUCGUCGACGUUACACGCGAAGGAGAGCUCUUAUCAAGAGGAGGUGAACUCUCUCAGCUUACAAAGAGAGAGUGUAAUUGCCGAAAAUAUCAACCUCAAGAGAUUGUGCCACCAACUGGAAAAUUGUUCCAGCUCUCCUACACAACCGAGGGAGUACGUUUGCAUACGUUGCUCCCAAGGGAUAUUGCUUGAUAGGAGUUCAAACGGUGUUGUACGAAGGAACACUGAUAGCCCUCAGACUGCCUAUGCGGUUAAUCAUAGAGAAAAACCAAACGCAGACGUCGAAAGCAUCUUGCCACAGUCCCCGAGUACAAGCUUUUUAUCGCAGGACUCGUACAUCAGCGAAGGUUCCAUUACAGGACACAAGAAUGGAAAACGAAAAAAAGUCUCGUUUAUCGAACCUGAUGAAGUUCAUGAACCGGAGGAUAACAUCAAACAUGAACCAUUGGACAUCAAUUCCAACGGAAUAAAAGAAAAUCGUGGCAUUCUCCGAAAUGGUGGACGAAAUCAUCAUUCAAAUGGUCAUGGUUCAGUAUCGAGUAAUGACAGUAUUUCGUCGGUUCAGGAUAUCAAUCGAGCAAUGCAAGUUUUAGAAAUUCACUCGGAGUUAGAAGAAAGGGACUACGAGAGAGAAGAGCCAUUGAAGGACAAAGAAGUCGCUGUUUUGAAAGAAAUGUGUAAUGUUGUGUGGAGAAAGCUAUCAAAUGACGAUCCUCGAUCGAACAGUGGCGGUGUAAAUCAUAGAACGCCCAACAGACAAGACGAUGAAAUUGUAUACGAAGAUCUUUUAUAGCAAUAAUAUAUCCAUAAUCCAUCAAUAUCCACUGAAAUUGAUCUCAAUCGAAGCGUUUUGUUGUGCGUCAUUGCAAACAAACGCUUUGUUGCACGUCAUACACCUCGGUUUUUACUCCAUUGAAAACAAAAGUUAUUUUAAAAGUCAGUUGAAAAGUCAUUCUAUAGGCCUGACGGACUUGAUCCCAGGAAUGAUAUCUUUUUGAAAUAGCUGUAAAGGCUACUAGAUCAUUAAGAGUCCGAAAAUUCAGAGCUUUUUGUACUAAGCAAACUAGCCUGUGAUAGGUGUAAAAAAUCGUGAAACUUAAGACUUCUUUAAAUAAGCUUAUUUGACCUCUCUCUAUCUAACGCUUAUCUACCCCUUUUCAACCUCUAUAACCCGAAGUGUUAUAGAUCGGAAACUACAAUUGACUUAUGAAAUAACUUUUUAUACCCA